AUGAGCAAGGAGAAAUGCAGUGGUAUAGGGGACAGUAGAAUGAAGGGACUCAACAUUGUUUUCAGCAGCGAACAGCCCAACAAGAUGGCAGAUUGUGGGUCUAUUGGCCAGAAGUCAGAGAAAGCUCAGCUACAAGAGCUGAAUGAACGAUUCUGUCAUUAUAUACAAAAAGUGAAAUGCAUGACUGACCAGCUUGGAACGAAGUCUGAUAGUUCCAAUGAUUUGAAACGCAUCCAAGAGUUGGAAGAGGAAAUGGUAGCUGCUCGCAAUAUGUACAACAAAGAAAUCCAGGCUCUACAUGAUCAACUGGACCAGAACUGUAAAGAACGAAUGCAGAUUGAAAUGAACAACCUCAAAAAUUCCCAAAUGAUUGCUGAAUUCAGGGAAAGCAUACUGGCACUCAACACAGCCGUCCUGCAGAAAGAGGAAGAGAAAAAAUGUAUGGAGUUAUUGCUGUGUCAGAAGGAAGCAGAGCUCAGGGAGCUGAUGAACAAUGCAUCAAACCCAUCUUCAGAGGUGGAUGACCUUAAACGGGAGCUCGAGAGAAUACGUUGCAGCCUAGAAGAUAUCCAGCAGAAGUAUGAGAUGGAACACAAACAGAACAUGGAGCUACAGUGCACAGUUCAGCAGCUGCGACAUAAACUGGAGAGACAACAGGAAAAUCAUUGUCAGGAUAUGAUUUGUAUGAGAGAGAAGGCUGCCGAAGCAGAUCAUUUGAUUCAGGAACUGGAAGAAAAGUUGAGAAGGCCGAGCGACGAUGACGGUGGUGCCAUGAAGAUGCUCCAGAAAAUCCGCGAGGCGAACAAUGCCGAGAUCAAACAGUACCAGCGACAAACAGAACAGGCCUAUAAUCAAAACCUGAUGGAACUGAGCAUGUGCCUCAAUAAGGAACAUAUCCAAUUGGAGCAAAUUCAGGAGGAAAACCAGUGUCUGCGCCAGCACAUUAAUAACCUGUCGACUGAAAUUAAAAUGCUGCAAACUAAGUUGCUAGCUGAGGAAGAAAGCAAGAUUGCUCUCAUUGACAAGUUGAGUUGUGAACAGCAAAAGAACCAGCAACGUAUAAAUGAUUUGAAGAUGAGGUUAGAGGAAAUGGAGGAUCUCCUCUUGGCCAAGAUGAAGGAGCUUAGUUCUAAAAAAGACAACAACUCAACUUCUUUACAAGGAGACAUUUCGGCAUUUAAAUGUCUGCUUGAGUCAGAAGAAAGAAGGUUAAGGGACAGUCAACUGAUGUACCAGCAGAAGUGUUCUCCAUGCAAACCAUAUUUACCCACUCCUCGGACAUCAUGUGCUCCUUUGAACCAGUCUUCCUGUCCACGGGUACCAGCUGCAUCCUCGUGCCCUCCCGUGAACCUGCGAUCUUGCCCUCCACCUCCAAUCUCAAACCCCUGCAAGCCAUUGCAUCAAAACUCUGGAGCUUCAUCCUCUGCCCCCAGCUCCUCCCUGGCACCUGCCACCCCAAUGUGUUGCUUGCCAUCUUCAGCUCUGACCACACGCCUUCCUGUGCAUCAGCCGAGCUGCCAGCUACCUUCCUCUUUGGCCUCAUGCCUGUCCACUGUUCGGCCGAACUGUGCCCGUCACCUCUUCCUAUGA